UUUUUAUUGACUUUAUGAUAUAAGGACUGGCAGACAGAGUUCUAUAACACCACUACAAAAUGGGGGAAACAGUCGUGGGUGGGAUAAGUAAGGCCAACAAAAACAUAUCUUGCUUAUAAAUGUCAACACCCGUAAAGAUGAUGGUGUUUAGCUUAGCUUGACACCAUUAAAUGUUGUUAGCGUAUGUUAGUACCUGUUAGCUGUGAGGCAGCGGGUGCGUGAUUCCAUGAGGAUGAUUCAGCCGGAUGAAAGUGGGUGUGUUAUUCAAUAAAACUGGCCUACGUUUUACAGUCAUGGCGGACAUCUCCUGUAAGGACAACAACAACAACAACAACAACAACAUGUUUUGAGAGUUUAAGCAGCGUCGUCGGCCCAUCCUGUGCGGAGACUUUGUCUUUGCCGUGGACCCCUAAAUGCCUUUCAUUGAGAAAAGGCUUCGGACAUUCAGUGUUGUGAAUGUGUACAAGCAACACAUUACUUGAUUAAGAUGGGAAAUAAGCAAACGAUAUUUACCGAUGAGCAACUUGAUGCCUACCAGGACUGUACGUUUUUCACCCGCAAAGAAAUUCUGCGGUUGCAUGGCAGAUAUCAUGAGUUGGCUCCACAUCUUGUACCGAUGGACUACACCAAUGAACCUGAUUGUAAAGUGCCUUUAGCUUUAAUAGUCAACAUGCCAGAGUUAAAGGAAAACCCGUUCCGCAACAGGAUCGUAGAGUCUUUUUCAGAGGAUGGGAUGGGGAAUCUCAGCUUCAAUGAAUUUGUGGACAUGUUCUCAGUCCUCAGUGAAAUGGCUCCUAGAGAACUGAAGGCCAUAUAUGCCUUCAAAAUAUAUGAUUUCAAUGUGGAUAAUUACCUGUGCAAAGAGGACCUGGAAAAGACUCUAAAUAGGCUGACGAAGGAGGAGUUGACUCCUGAAGAGGUGCAGCUGGUGUGUGAGAAAGCCAUCGAGGAGGCGGAUUUAGACGGAGACAGCAAACUCUCCUUUGCAGACUUUGAAAAUAUGAUUACUAGGGCUCCUGACUUUUUAAGUACCUUCCAUAUACGAAUCUGAGAGGGCACCGUGGAAGGUUUCCAAGGACGGCAGAGUGGUGAACCUCAGGACUCUACCUGCACCAGGUCCUCGCCACAGCACAGUGCCUGUCUCCCACUCCCAUCGUCAAAAAAAAUCAAACCUCUCCAGCCUCACUGAAGUCUGCUUCGGAAGAAAGCAAAAUGCUAGAUUAAAAGGAAUUCUAAGGAUCGUGAAUUUCUUUACUGCAGAUGAAAAUGUAUUUUACUUUUACCACCUAUAAAAGGGCUUGACCUGGAUUGGUCUUUGGUUUGAAGAAAAGGCAUUUUGAGGGUGAAAAAUGGUCAACAAAAUCCGUCCAAAAUGAGCCAGACUCUGGAUUGCUGCAUAAAAUGCUCAUCUACCUAUAUUGCACAUAAAUACCCCCGGUGAAGUCUUCCUACAGUGACACACUAGAUGUUGAGUGUUUAUAAGGUUAAGGACGCUUGAAGUAAAUGAAAGCACAGCAUUGGCAUUAAGGCCAUACAGAUCUUUUAUAUGAGCUAUGCAAUAUUUGUACAGGCAGUGUGUAUUGCUUUUAAUCAUUUUGGGUUGUGUUUCGCUUGUGGAACUGAUGAUGACAAUCAUAUCUUACUGUUCUCCAGUUACAUGAAGGGCUCUGCCAUCUGGACAGAUGUUGGUAGCUUUCUUCUGCCUCAGCCAUUAUCAUGAGACAUUAAAUACA